AAUCUUUUAGUAACUAAUCGUGUGCUUUCGGGUAAAGAAAGCACUUAAUCUGAGAGAGCAUCUUUCUGAUACCUACUGUCCAAAAGAGAUCCCAGUGGAGAAUGGCUUUUGUACCCUUAAGACUUCCCAGAGACAUUGGAGACUGAUGUCUGGAGAGCACACUGACAUUUUUCUUCAUUCGGAAUACCUUCAGGAUUGGACCUAUCCCAUGAGAAGAGAGAUGCAGGAAAUUUUACCUGGUUUAUUUUUAGGCCCAUAUUCUUCAGCUAUGAAAAGCAAGCUACCUAUACUUCAAAAACAUGGAAUAACCCAUGUGAUAUGCAUACGGCAAAAUAUUGAAGCAAAUUUUAUUAAACCAAACUUCCAACAAUUAUUUAGGUAUUUAGUCUUGGAUAUUGCAGAUAAUCCAGUUGAAAAUAUAAUACGAUUUUUCCCUACGACUAAAGAAUUUAUUGAUGGAAGUUUACAAACUGGAGGAAAAGUUCUUGUCCAUGGAAAUGCAGGGAUUUCUAGAAGUGCUGCCUUAGUUAUUGCAUACAUUAUGGAAACAUUUGGGGUGAAGUACAGGGAUGCAUUUACUUAUGUUCAAGAAAGAAGAUUCUGUAUUAAUCCUAAUGCUGGAUUUGUCCAUCAACUUCAGGAAUAUGAAGCCAUCUAUCUAGCAAAAUUAACUAUCCAGAUGAUGUCACCACUGCAGCUGGAGAGAUCACUCUCUGUUCCACCUGGUACUACAGCCAUGUCCGGUAACAAAGUGCACUUGAACGUUUCACGGUGGGAAAAGUGUUGCCUUUGUUGGAGGAAGACUAGUCAGAGACCAAGAAAGGAAAGCUUCACCCCACAAGGAAGUUUGAAGCGAACACAUGAGGAUGAGGAAGAAUUUGGAAAUAUGCAAGUGGCCGCAGCACAGAAUGGGUGACGUAGAGCACCACUAUUCCUAGAGAUUGUGAAACCCUGCACAUGGAAGUGAAGAAAACUAGAAAAGAUAAAUUAACACAAAACAAUGAACACACCCAGAGCUUCUUUUCAAAUACAUGUUGCUUCCAGAUGUAAAUCUGCCUCUGCAACACACACACAGCAACAUUUUAAUAUGUUGGACUUCUUGAAUGAAUAGAUGGCACUGAUUGUUUUACUCCUUUUUUACACUUUACAGUUUUAUUCUAUACCAAGAUUUUUGGACUUGCAAAGAGGUAUUAUUGCAAUAAUGCACUUUUCAUACUUGAAAUUUCUUUAUUUGUAUGAUAUAAAGUUAUUACUUUAAACAAAAUGCAAGCUGGGGGGAUUUGUUUAUAAAGUUAUUUGUGUAAUUUAUAACAAGAGACUUUAGUAAAGAAAAGUUUGCUAAAA